CGCGGCUCCGUAUUAAGGAAGCCAUCAGAAAAUAGGCAUGGGGAAAAACCUAGUUGCCAAGUAAAAGGAUAAACCAACAGGAUUGAAACCUAGGGAACCUAAAUGCCUCGCACUACGUUUGUUCUGGGGAAUCCUUUGGUCAUGCAGAAGUAGGCAAGUAUGGCAAAGGAGGAUGAGACAGGUAACCAUGAAAGCGAGGGAGGACCAGGCUUAGGAGGCAGUGUUGAGCAAAGCAAGGAAGGGCAGAAGGACAGGGAGUCAACAAAUCCGGAUGGCACCAGAGGGAACCGGAAGGAAAUGUCCUCAGGAGAAAGUUCCAGAAAAGUCGGGGGAAGCAGACAGGGGACCCAGGAAAACAAGGAGGGCAGGAAUAAGGAUAGGGGGAGCCCCGGGAACUCGGAGGGAGCUGUGUCUAAAAAAGUAAGGGUCACGGACGCGAGGCGCAAACUAGCAGAAAUAGAGAAAAGGACCGCGGAAUACAAGGCAAGGUUAAUUGAGGCAAUGAUGAUUGGGAACGAGGAAGACCCUCUGCAGGAGGUACCGUGGGACGAACGGAAAACCAGCCGGGGCGGAACUGGGCAAGGGGACAAGGGUAGUGACCGUGGGGGAAAGCCGAGAAAAAGAAGGAAAGAAAGAGAAAACUCUCCGGGAAUGGAGGCAGAGAAGGCUACAAACCCCUUAGCCACAGACAGAACGGCAAAGACUAGGGGGGGGCAGAAAGCCAGCAAGGAAGGGCCAGAUACCAGCACGGCAGGCGAGGCCAGUAGCUCCGAAGGCGGCCUUAGGAAGAUAGUAUCAUCCCUUACACGAGCACUGAACAAGAACCAAGGCUAUCUGGCAGACGCAAAGAAAAAGCUGACUUUCGAUGGAGCAAACAUCACGGAGUUCCUGAUCGACUACAAGAACCUAGCUGCGUUACUAAAGUGGACCGAGGAGGAAAAUAUGGACCAUCUAGGACAGCAGGUGUCGUUAAGCCAAGGACGGGACAUAAUGGUCAUUGUAGUCGCAAGUCGGUCUUGGAAGGAGACCCGGGAUGUGAUGAUGAGGAAGUACCUAGCGGCAGAGAAAAUGGCAACGGAGGCCGACCUAGCGGCAAUUCAGAGGAAGAACUUCGCAACGUACAAUGAUUUCCUACGGGAAUUUACUCUAGUAGCACAAAGGAUCCCCGGGGUCACGGACCGGAUAAUGAGCAAAUAUUUCCUCAGGCAGUUCUCCGAGUUCGACAAAGACAAGAUCCUGUCAGCCUACCAACAGACGAGCAAGUUCGUAAACACGGGGGAUGUUGAUUUUAGCACGGUAACGGAUCUGGCCAAGAAAACGGUAGUAACAGAAACGUUGGCCUUGCUCAAGGAAGGGGAGAUCAUAGAUCUGAACGGAGGGAUGCGGCGAGCCAUUAUCAUGCUCAACGGGUUAGAAAUAACGGUCGUAGAAGCCAAACCGGUGGGCGAGAUCAUCUGGGAUCAACUCCAGGGGCGCGGGCCGCAGGUCAACUUCAUUCUGGAAAACGACGGACGAGAUACGGUAAACGCUACUACUCAGCUAGGGACGGCUGGGAGAAGGAUUAUGCGUGACGCUGUAAUGGAGGAGGUUGCUGGAAGUUCGGAACCUGAGGCAGAGCCUGAGGCCGAGGAACCGGAAAAGGUUUAUGAGAAACCUAGGGAAGAGGAGCCUACAGACAAAGUUACCGCUGCCAAGAAGAAGCUUAGGUACCAAAUCCCGAUCUUAUCCAUGCCUGAGAUCGACGACACCCUUGGCAAGCUGCUAGGAACCAUGGUGUCGGUGUCAUUUCAGACGAUGUUGCAGGCCAGCCCUAGGUUGCUUAAAGGGCUUAGGCAACUGUUGACUCGGCUACGGGUAGAGAUAGACGAGAACCCCGAAUUACCAGAAGAAGAAAGGGAGGAGGAACCUCCACAAGAAGUCGUUAACCAGGGCUAAGGAAGUGUUCGAAAGUACAAGCCGGUAGGGAAGAAAGCAAAGCCGGUCUCGAUCCUCCUUGAGAUAUGGAAGAAAAAGGUCAUGGAAAAGGAGGAGGAAGUUCUGGAGGUGAUCCGAGAAAGGAGGGCAACGGAAGGACAUCGAAUACCAGAUGAGGUAGCCGACACGAUGAAGAUAGGGAUAGACGGGUUCUUAACAGAAGAAGAAAACCGCCUUAUCAAGAAGACCUGCCAGGAGUUUCAUUUGGCAUUUGCCUUUAGUGACAAUCAGAAGGGGCGGCUGGACGCAAAAUUGAUCCCUCCGGUCAGAAUCCACACGGUAGAGCAUGAAUGCUGGAAUGACAAGGGACCGUCAUAUGAAUUCGGAAUAGAGGGGGAAGUGACAGACCUCCUUCGAGCAAAGAUGGACUCCUUCGUCGCGGAACCUACGGCGUCGCCAUAUGCAAAUCGAUGGUUCGUCUUUCGAAAGCCCAAUAAGACGUUAAGGUGGAUUCAGGAUCUGCAGAAGCUGAAUGCAGUGACCAUCCGGGAUGCUGGCUCGCUACCCCAAGCCGAUCUAUUGGCGGAAUCGCACGCCGGACGAAGCAUUUACUCCCUAAUAAAUCUGUACUUGGGAUAUGACCGGCUUCCAUUGGAUGUCCGGGACAGGCCGCACACCGCAAUACACACCCCGGUAGGCCAGUUGCAGAUGCAAGUGACCCCUAUGGGCUUUACAAACGCGGUAGCCGAAGCGCAACAAAGAAUGUUACCAGUAGCCGGGGACAUGUUCCCUGAAAAGUGUGAACGCUAUAUCGACGACAAUCCAAUCAAAGGCUCGCAGGAGAAGGACGAGAUAAAAGUCCAACCAGGAAUCCGAAAGUUUGUAUGGGAUCAUCUACAAGACAUCAAGGACUUGCUCUGCCGGUUUCUAGUAUACAACAUCACGGCUAGUGGACCAAAGAGUAUUCUAGCAGUACCAGAAGUAACCAUACUAGGAUUUUGCUGCGGUGCUUAUGGUAGGAAGCCAGAUCCGGCGAAGACGCACAACAUAUUGCAGAGGCCAAUCCCCCUGCGCACUACAACGGAGGCCUACCUAUUUGGGAGGCGGUUCACCUUAAGGAUCGAUCCGACGAAUGUCGCAGGGGCUCUAAAGAAUUACAAACCUAUAGAUCUGACGGUGGGGAGAUGGGUAGGAUUCAUCUGGCAGUUCGAUUACAAGAUCGAGCGGAUUGCUGGAAUCCGCAAUAAGGCAGAUGGGCUGAGUCGGGUUUGCAUCACUCCCGAAGGGGUGGAGGAUGCGGAACCCAUAGACGCAUUCCUUUCAUUCGAAAGAGGGACUCUUGCGGUGGACAACGAAAUGAUGGGCGAGGGGUGCGCAUCUGGGGAACUGCUGAUUCAGACUUUGGAAAAAGGGGCACCUGCCGUAGUAGUAGAACUUAGAGAAGGACCAGUCAACUUUCGAGGUCGUAAAGAGGAAAGGGAUUCGUGGGGAGCAAUAGUAGGACCAAAGGAAGAACUCAUAGCAAUGACGGUUGAAGGGGGCCGGGAAGCCGUAAUGAGCCUAGUGGAAUCGCGGGAAAGGAAAGAGUUGCAAUGGUUGGUAAACCAGAUGCAGGAGAAAAAUGAGGAGGAUCGGGAAGGAAAGGAGUUUUUCUAUGUCCAAUCAUAUGAAGGACUCUUUCGGGAGAUCGGAUUGUUGCUAGUAGGAAACAAACAACCUUUGGAAGUCGGCAUUAAAGCAAGGGAGGAAGCCGGGAGGGGUAGAAGGAAAUGCUUGCGUAGAAAACCUUCACCUCUCCGCGAGGGAGAAGCAAUAGAAAUCUCGUCUGACAGUGAGGCAGGGAGGGAAAAGGCAGAAGUGGAAGAAGGAGGCAAUGCAGAGAUGGGAGAUAAGGUUCAGGUCUCUGACGAGGAAGGAGUCAACAGGGGCAAGCGACGUGAGACUUGGCAUGGGGAAAGCGAGGGGGAACAAGACAUGCGCGACGAACAAGAGGAGGGUGAGGAAAGAAGGGAAAACCCGCUUGAAGGACGAAGCGGCCACGACAGUUGUGAGGGGUAUGGAACUGGGACAGAGAUUCCUUUUACCUACGAUCUGAAGAACCUUGCAGGUGGGUAUAGCCCCAUACAGACAGGAGGCGAGAAGGACGAGGAGGAGGAUGUAAGAGAAGUCAUAAAAAUCAGCAGCGGGGAUGAGAGAGAUGAGAUCUCAAGACCUAGGGAAGAGGGGCGGUCUCCGAUGCACCAGCCGGGCGACGGGGCUAUCAGAUGGGAGGACGAGUUUGGACCAACACCCAGUCAUUGGUUUCAGCAGUGAUCCAAUGUGAUCAGGCACGAAUGGAUUGUCAAGACUCGGGAACUC